GCGUUUGACUACUUCUGCCUUUUAGUCAGAUAGCGGGAUUAAUGUUUGCUUUUGCGCACGAUAUGAUCAGCCGGAUAAACGGGACGUUUCUGUACGUGCACAUCAGGGUAAAGUUAUACAUUUCAAGACACAUGUUACUUUUCUAAAAUGUUUUUACUAUAGAGGACCGAAAGCCAGUCUGUAUGAUACUGCAUCACAUACAAAAGAGGACAUUAAAGUUGCUAUGUCUUUUGAUCCAGGUUGUUUUAUUUGCCAAGUACUGUAGUUAAGUGAAAUGACGAAUAUCAGAUUUUUCGUGGCAGCAAAUACGUGUUUGUACUCGAACUCACUAAAAUUGUAGAUUAAUACCGGAGCUGUAUCGUAAGUAUUUGUUCUUUAGCGCGGUUUAUUAAACGAAUGGGACAGAAACUUACCUUAAAGAGAGGGCACUUUCUUGACGCGGUUAGGUUUUAUGGCCGAGCGACGCUCGUCUUCGGCUGUCAACAAGAAGAAACCCCAGGGGAGAUUAUCACUGACGAAAAAGAAGCGGGGAAGCCGAGAUGAUGGCUGUGCUCCAGCAGGCUCCAUCUCCUCGUUUUUCAAAAAUGCACCGCCGGCCAAACUGGCCUGUCCCGUGUGCGGCGAGAUGGUGCCUCGAUUCUCCAUCAACGAGCACAUCGAUACGAGCUGCCAGCGCUUCCAGCGAGGAUGCGAACAGCAGGCCAUCCCUGUCACCUCUGCUCAUGAAACACUCCUUCACUCCUCAACUCAGGACACCAGUGCUGGCAGUGACCCGGCCGGGAGUCCACAUGCCGAGGAGAAGAGCCAGUCCACCAGUCCUUAUUUUAAGAAGCAGGCGACAGUGCAGUUACACGAAACCAAAGAGAAUCCUGCAGAUAAAGUCAUUCGGACUGUUGAUUUAGGGAGUUUGGCCUCAAAAUUGUCCAGAAGGCGUCUGCAGUUCUCUGUGAGUGUGGACAGAUCUUGCGCUGAGGCUGCCCCUCAAAACAGAACCACUUUUGAAGACACAAAUAGCAGCGAUAACAUUGGUAAUGUUGAGGUACAUUUGACUAGUGACACAGACUUGGUUCCUAAAGCUGCUAUUCCUCAGGGCAGGGGGGUGGGACCCCCUAAGAAAGAGGCGACACCCAUGUUUCUCCCUCCAGUGGAGGUCACCUCAAAGCCCCUUGCUGCCUCUUCGCGGCUGAGUAAAAGGAAAGCGGGGGGAUCAGGCAGGGGAAGCCGAGCCCAGAGCUCGGAUAGAGCAGCAGCCCUUGAUUGCAGCAAGAGGCCGAGGCACGAUGGGGUGGGCAUCUCUGCACCUAUGGAGAACCCUCAGCUACCCCAUCGAAUCCACACUCUGGGCACUGAUCCCAGCCCCAGCACAGCAAAAGAGGUGCUGGCCAUGGAGGAUGGCACAGCGCCGGGUACUGUGCAAGCCCAGCCAGAGGUGUCUAGCGCUGACCAGAGUGUGGAGGAAGCGGAAGGGAAAGGAGAGUCACCUCGUCUACCGUACUACCUCCGCAACUUCCUGAUGGUGCUGGAGACGGUGAUGGAGAAUCCAGACGACAGGCUGCUCUUCAGUGAGGAGGACCUUGGGGUAGUCCACACCUUCAAACAGCUGUCAGCCAUGGGCCAGAUGCUGUACGUGCGUCUGUUCCAGAGGAAGCUCCAUUGGCUGAGAGUGAGAAAGCUGGACUACGCUGAGAUCGGACCGGAACCGAGCGCGGUGGUGCAGGAGCUGGCGAGACGCAGCCUGGUGGAGACCGAGAACGAACUGGCCGACCUGGGGGAGGCGCUGGACCUGCUCCCCGCCCCAGAGCUGAGGGGCCUGGCUAAGACCUUCCACCUGGGGGGGGCCGGGGCCCAGAAGCAGCAGCUGAUGGAGGGCCUUCUGCGGCUGGGCCGACAGCGCUCGCUGUUCGCUGCGGCGGGGGCGGGAAAGGGUGCUGCGGGGGCUGCAGCUGUGAUGCUCAAGAGGGCAAAGGCACUGGUGGGGCCGUGCGUGCGUGUGUGCCGGGGCCCCCGGGCCGUCUUCUCCCGCCUCCUGCUCCUCUUCUCGCUCAGCGACAGCCUGGAGGAGGAGGAGGCCGGCUCGGGGGGGCAUGGGCAGCUGUACACCAUCCUGCUGGUGAACUCCGGACGCCUGGCCUUCCCUGCUUACACUGUCCAGCGGAGGGCCAGGGUUUUCCAGGACAGGGAUGAUCUCAUCAGGUACGAGGGCGCCGUGCGCAGUCUGCAGGAAGUGGGCGUGGCCAUGCAGGGGGGCAGCUGGGACGAAGCCCUGGGCCUUUACCUCACAGCCAAGGCCGCGUGGCAGGAACAGAGGACCAGCUUCUGCCUCAGGCACCAGGAGGAGCUGCCUCUGUUUCUGCGCUGCUUCACAGCCGGCUGGGCAUACACCCGCAUUCUGUCCCGGGGGGUGGAGAUCUUGCAGAGGCUGCGGCGAUACGAGGAGGCGGUGGAGGAGCUGAGAUCCCUGUUGUCCCAGACACUGUACUGUACAGACAGCAGAGGGCGCUGGUGGGACCGAUUGGCCCUUAACCUGCAGCAGCACCUCAAACGACCUGAGCAGGCCAUCAGUACCAUCCGGGACGGCCUGACGGACCCACUGGUGCGGACGGGCCACCGGCUCUCGCUGUACCAGCGCGCCAUGCGCAUGAGGGACUCUCCGGGCUGCAGGCGGUUCCGACUGUUGCUGCGUGACCUGCCCGCCGUGGUGGUGACGGACGUGGCGCAUGUGACCAUCCGAGGGCAGUUAUUUCCACAUGCGGGAGGCAUGGGCAAGUCCGUCUUCUUAAUGCCUGCGGACGAGGGGGAUGAGGACAGCGGGACCGCGGAGAGCGGUCGCUCUACUGUCAUGUGCUCCGUGGAGGAGCUGGCCCUCGCACACUACCGGCGUCUUGGGUACGACCAAGGAAUUCAUGGAGAGGGUUCCACCUUCUCCACAUUGUUUGGCCUGCUGUUAUGGGACGUCGUUUUCAUGGACGGCAUUCCUGACGUCUUCCGGAAUCCCUACCAGACCUGCCCGCUGGACCUUCACACCGACAGCUUCUACGAGAGUCGCAGGGAGGCGGUGGAGGCGCGGGCGCGGCUGCUGCGGGGGGCCUCCGUGGAGACGCUGCACGGCCUGCUGGGAGAGACGUGGGACGCCCAGCAGGGGAGGGUCUGCGUGCUGGUCAACUGGGAACGCUUCUCCUCCCUGCAGCAAGCGCAGAGCCUGGUGACCUGCCUCAGGGGACCCUUCCUGGCAGGGCUGGUGCAGCGGAUGGCCCAGGAUUACAGGCACUGUCGGGGCGGCCUGCCCGACCUGGUCGUGUGGAACACUUGCAACAGCACGUAUAAGCUGGUGGAGGUCAAGGGUCCCAACGACCGGCUCUCCCAAAAGCAGCAGAUCUGGCUGGACGAGCUCCGUAAACUGGGGGCAGAGGUGGAGGUGUGCCACGUGACGGACGUCGGCGCCUUGGGGGCGUGCCGGGACUGAGCUGCUGCGGGUCUGCCACCCGACCCGGCCCCGGGAGCGCCGAUGCCCCCCAGCUGGACCGAGAAUGAGGGCUAACAAACACUACGAAGAGGCGGGGCAAGCCUUCCGGCUCCCUGUCCGACAUACCUCAGCUGAAUCCACUACGGGAUGCGCAAACAUGUCCUCUGUACUCCUUCUGAAUAGUGCUGCUGUUGCAAUAAUUCGAAAACAAAGUUAACCAUGAGAUAAUAAAAGAGAUGCCAGUUAAUGUUAAAA